AUGUUACAGGAAUCACUUGUGCAUCUUUGUUGUGACCUAGAGAAACAUGUUAAAGGGGACAUUAGAGAAGACCCAAGACUGCUGUAUAGAAGUAAGGUGAAAGAUUUAGUGGCCAGACUACAUGCAAAAUGGCAAGAUGUUACACAGAGGUGUAGAUCAUUACAGGGUAAGCUUCAUGAUUAUUGGGAACCUUUGCAUGAAAGCGGAGACCAGAGUAGAGGGAACUCCAGUCCGAAUGAAUCUGAACAGAAACUUUUUACAGAAGUUGUACCACUGCAGAAUGACUUCAGAAGUGCAAAGUAUUACAUGGAUCCUAAAGGAAGUGAAAAAGCCUUGAUGCAAAGUAACCAGUUAGACUGACAUUACACAACCGAGCAGGAGCAACAGUUUUUGAAAUUUAGUAGCCUGAGGCUACCAAAAUAUUUUUCUUGUGCUGCUUUAUUUUUCCUAGUAAUAUCUCAGCAGAUUUCCCUCGGGAAAAGAUUUAAACUUAAUAAAUGGGCUUGUCUUCUAGAGUG